AUGGCUCCAAACAAAGAUACCGAAGGAGGGAUAUCCUGGAACAAUGAGAAUGCUGUAAAAUUUUGUGAGGUUUGUAUCGACUACAUUACAAAGAAUGGACGUGGUCAACUCAUGAGAUGGAGAGAGAUAGAAGAUUUGUUUGCAGAAAAGAUUGGUAAACGAUUUAACCUUAAAAGCUUAAAGAACAAGUAUGAUAGCAUGAAGAAAUAUUGGCGCCUUUGGAAAUUUUUAAAAACAGGAGAAACUGGUUUAGGUUGGAACCCAACCACUGGAAAGCUAGAUUGUUCGGAUGAAUGGUGGGAUAGAAAGCUAAAGGAGAAACCCGAUGCAAAGAAGUACCGCCACAAAGGAGUUUAUCCAUUACUAGAAGAAAAAUGGGAUCAUCUGUUUGGUGAUGCUGUUACAACAAGAGUAGGUUGUGUAUCUCCCUCAUUAAAUCCGGAGUCUGUAGAUAAAUCAAUUAAUGUUGUAGACGAGAUACAAAAUGAAAAUGGUUGGUCUGAUGAGGCUAUGCGUGAAUACUCUCAAUAUUCAAGACUAGAGAGUCUAGAUAAUCAAGAAAAUUCUUUUUGGACUAAUUUUACUGAAGAGGUUACUGGUAACCCUACAAACUCUGAUGUUCCUAAACAAAGUAACAAAAGUGUGAAGCGUAGAAAAAGGGAGUCCACGGGCACUGGUUUAAUGAGGGAGCAUAUAGAAAAGGUUCACGAAAUCCAUUCAGAUAUUGUGGGUUUGAUCAAGCAAGGUCCAAACACUAAAAAGGACGAUGUAGGACCUAAUAUUAAGCAGAUAAUGGAAAUUAUGAACCGGAUAGCUGCAAAUGAUGAUUUUGAGCUUGCAAUGGAUGACAAUCAAAGGAAUCAACUUCUACUUUUAACAUUGAGUAGUCUAGAAGAACAUGUAGCAGUGGUUAAUUAUUACUACACUCACAUUUAUAAGGAGCCGUGUAUGACUUCAAAGCAGACAGGAGAAGCGUGGAUGAACGAGAUCUUGGACGGUCAUCCAAUACGAUGUAUUAAUGCUUUCCGUAUGAGUGCUAGUUUAUUUACACAACUAUGUGAAGACUUGGAAAAAAAUUAUGGGUUGAAGUCAAGUGAUAGAAUAUCCGUAAAAGAAAAGGUUGGAAUAUUCUUGUAUACAAUUGCACUAGGUCUUUCUAACAGAGAUGUUGCCGAGAGGUUUCAACGUUCUGGAGAGACAAUUAGUCGGGCUUUUCAUGAUGUGUUGGAAUCAAUAUGUGGAAGGAGCAAAGGGUUCAUGGGUCUUGCACGUGAGUAUAUUAGACCUAAAGACGCAACAUUUCAUUUCAUACCGUCUCAUAUUGAAAAUGAUAGUCGAUAUAUGCCUUAUUUCAAGGGUGAGAAGGAUCGGCGCAUGAUACUCGAGUGUUCCUUCAUGCAAUUGAGACACCUUCUAUGA